UGUCAUCGUUUUUGUGUUUUAUUGAGACGACAGAAGAGGUGAACAUCGUAAAUAUUUUGCUAAGAAUUUCGUUUUGUUGAAUUAGGCAUACAGUUUUACAAGAAAAAUUGCUGAACAACCGCUUCGAUCGACAUAAAUUCGAUAUUUUACCAUGGACCAAGACUCAGUUGACCCGUUGCAUAUGCAAUACGAUGAUUACAUGGUCCAAGACGCAGAGUCACUGGACAAUUCGGACGAUUCCUGCAAUGAUGGAACAUCGAAGAAUACACCGUUGAGGGAACAAGAUCGAUUUUUACCCAUUGCCAACAUUGCCAAAAUAAUGAAAAGAGCAAUACCAGAAAAUGGAAAGAUUGCCAAAGAUGCCCGCGAAUGCAUUCAAGAAUGUGUAUCGGAAUUCAUAUCAUUCAUAACAUCCGAAGCUAGUGAUCGAUGCCAUCAGGAGAAACGUAAAACCAUUAACGGCGAGGACAUCUUGUUUGCCAUGUGCGCACUGGGUUUCGAUCAUUACAUCGAUCCGUUGACAUUGUACCUGCACAAAUAUCGCGAAACGACCAAAUCGGAUCGAAAUUUGGUGAUCAAUCAUUCGGAGUCCAGCUUUGACGAGAGUGCAAAUGAAUUUAAUAAUUUUUAAGCCGGACACGGACACACUAAUUUAAUGAAGAAGAAAAAUGUCUAAAAUGGAAUCGCAUUUUUGCUACGACGAGAAGCUGUGUCUCUUUGUCAUACAGAACUUGAUUUAGUAUUUUAAUAAAAAGAGAAAAUGAAGCGGAAAAAAGUCAAUGCGUCA